CCUGGUAACUUCGUCGUAAACGUGGGCCUUGUAAAUUCGUCGUAAACCAAUGUUUCGACGUAAUUUCGUCGUAAAUCGAAAAACACGGGCCUGGUAACUUCGUCGUAAAUUAAAAAACACGGGCCUGGUAACUUCGUCGUAAUGUUACGAGGAAGUUACGAGGAAACCGUUUUUAUAUAUAUGGGAGAAGUCUUUCAGACGAGCACUGCUCGUAUCUUCCUCCCUAACUCCUCUCCCCCUCUAAGGUAACUUUCUCUCUCUAUCUUUUUUUUUUUUUAUAGUUUAGGUUGUUAGUUUAGGUGAUUAGUUUAGGGAAUUAGUUUAGGUGAUUAGUUAACGGAAUUAGUUUAGAUGAUUAGUUUAGAAAAUUAUUUUAAACAAUUCGUUUAGGAUAUAUAUUAAUUUAAUUUUUUUAAAUUUUCUAGAUGGCUCCUAGACCGAGACCAGCAGCUCCUGCACCUACGUAUGCGGAUUUGUUUGGCGAUGGAUCUUCCUCUAGCGGUCCAUCGUCUUCUUCCGGGACAGUUCCAGACUCUCACACAUCUCGGAGAGUUCCUUCGACCCCUCCUCCUCUUCCAUCUCAGAUGCCUCCCCCACGAGCUCCACCUGUCGCCCCGGAUCAGCCUGCCCCACCGGCUGCAGUUCAUCCCGAUUUGCGGGUGCCAGCUCAUGCACCAUUCGCAAGAUACACCGUCGAGGAUUUGCUUGCCCAGCCCGGACGAGAGGGUUUACACGUUCUGGACCCCGAUAGACCCCCGGGUACUUAUUGGUUUGGGGCUAACAACCGUGUUAGCCGGAGCGUUUCAGAGACGAUGAAGGGAUAUUAUGACGGCCCUUAUCCCAACUGGACCAUGACUCCCGAUCACGUCAAGACGACGUGGUUUAAAUGUUUUGCGGUAAUUAUAUUUACAUAUUAUUAAUAUUUAUAUUGUUAAUUAAAUAAUUAUUAUUUUUUUUUCUAAUCUUUUAAAAUGUUUGUUUUUUCAGCAAAGGUGGAACUGGUCCGUAGGAAUCACCGAGAGGGUGAAGAGCGAAUUUAUUGCAAAGGCGAAAACUCGUCUUUGCAACACCGUCUCCGAUUGGAAGGACAAGUGGGAGAUUUACGGCUAUGAGGGGAAGCCGAGCGGGGUCACAAAGGAAGCAUGGGAUGGCCUCAUCACCUAUUGGAACGAACCCAGCUCCAUCCGCAAAGCCAACUCCUGCUCCGCUUCCCGAAGAACGAGGGAUAAAGAUGGCCAUUUGCCCAUGGUUCAUAGAUCCGGCCAAAAACCCCAUGCCGGAAUUCGUCUCGAAGCUGUAAGUUUUAUUUAAAUUUAUAAUUUUCAUUAUUUUAAACUUGUAUUUAUUAAUUAUAUUUAAUUUAUUUAUUAUUGUUGUUUAUUAGUUGGAGAAGACGGGAGUUUUGCCAUCUCUCUCGGACUUAUUCAAGAUGACUCACGCCUCACCAGAUGGGGUUUUUGUGGAUCCUGCAUCCGAGAAACUCUUCAACGCUGUGGCGUCUCGGGUUGAAGAGCAAGAGACGCAACUUACCCAACAGUCUGCAGAUGGAUUACCCGUCAAGUUGUCAACCGUAGAGGUCGACCGGAUCUUCGAGGAGGUAAAAUUUAAUAAUUUUUAUUUUUUUUCUUUAUUUUAUUAUUAACUCUAAAUACGGUUUUAUAUAUACAUAUAGGUGGCUCCUAGAAAGAAGGGAAGGACGGUUGGAAUAGGUUCCGUUAACGAAGUUGCAAGGGCGACUUCGUCAUACUAUUCGAGACGGGACCAGGACAACGACCGGAUGCAGGCUCGCAUGGAUACCCAGCAGCAGCGUUUGGACUCUCUCGAGGGUUUGCUGGAUGUGAUGGCGGUGGGAAAUCCAACUUUGCAGAGAGCUUUGGCGGAGAGACGAGCAGCUCUCGGGAUGAGCCAGCCGGAUCCCGAAGCAGGAACGUCUACAGACCCGAACCCCUCAGCCAACUACUUCGAUGACCAUGAUGUUGGCCUUUAGUUUCCUUUUUUAAUUUCUUUUGUUUUGUAUAAAAAAUUUAAAUUCUAUUUAAUUAAUGAAUUUAUAGUUUU